AUGGCUGCCUACCCUAAAGAAAUGAGAGGCAAGGGACAGCAAUUGAGAAAUGGGCAUGUAACCAACUCAGACGCUCGGAGGGAGAAGAGCCGAGAUGAACCUAGGCGACACAUCGGAAAGCUCGACGCUCUGAUCGCGAUCCCAGGACCGAUCAACUUACAUAGCGAUCGGGCUAGGGGCGUUACAGCAUCUGCCGACGGGAUGGCAGACGCUAAUUCCGUGCGUGACGGCAUGGUUUAUCCCCGAGAAAUCGACACUGCCUCGACGGCCUCGAGGAGCGCACUAUCCUACCGCACCCAUGACUCUCCGUGGUCCCAGCGAGACGCAUCGUCCAUCUCAUCGAUAUACAUACCCACCACGCUGCCCGCGCUCCAGACUAAGGGUGGCAUAGACAAUGACAGGCUCGAGCCAUUGCGCGAGGAAGAAUAUGACCCCGCCUCCUUUGAUCUUAUUGUGCCAGCACACGCACUAGGCAAGCAGUACACCCUCGAAACACAAUCCGAGCUACUCUUCUCCAUCAAGCACCUCAAGGUGAUAUUUAAGGAUCCUUUACUGCUCCAACGAUUCUCAAACUUCCUUUCCUCGUCGCGGCCAGACUCGUUGCCUCUAUUGGCCUACUACUUGGACACCCUCAAGGCGCUCAAAGCCAUUGACUACGCCAAUGCUCUGACGGGCUCACUCAAGACCAUAAACGGGCUUCAAUUCACCCAAGAUCCUGUCACCAGCACCAUCAACAAUGCGCUACGCAAGAGGGCUAACGAUACCUUCGAGGUCAUAGCCAACCACGACCUGCCUGCCUACAUCACGCAUACAUUCAUCCAGACAGUCAGUGUGACCAUAAAGCGGAGAAUAACAGACACGCUAUCGCCGCAAUUAAGGGACAUAUCAGAAGGACUUACCGAAGUUUUCUAUUUAUCUGACCCAUCACGACCCGACAACCCCAUCGUCUUUGCAAGUGAAGAGUUCCACAGAACGACCCAGUACGGCAUGAACUAUGCCAUCGGUCGGAACUAUCGCUUCCUCCAGGGCCCCAAAACCAACCCUUUUAGUAUACGGAGGAUCCGAGAGAAGCUCGAAGCCGGCAAGGAACACUGCGAGACAUUCCUCAACUACCGCCGCGACGGCUCCCCUUUUAUAAACCUGCUCAUAGUGGCUCCGUUAUAUGAUUCUAGGGGUAUCGUGCGCUACCACCUGGGCGCACAAGUCGAUGUGUCUGGUCUUGUCAAGGAAUGCUCAGGCUUGGACUCGCUUUCGAGACUCAUGCAGCGGGAGAACCCUGAGCAGUACCCAGGUGAGGCGCCCGUUCAACAUCACUCAGACCACAACAAGGACGAAUUCCGUGAGCUGGCUGAGAUGUUUGAUCUCUCCGAGCUCAAGACAAACAGGCCGAGGUUGGUCAUCUCUGACGACGCCUCAAUCAACCGGCGGCCAUCAGAUCCGAUUCUUCAUGAGUCGGUCAACACAUACCGGGGCGGACGCCUCAGCGGUAUCUUCCAGCACUAUCUGCUCGUCCGACCAUACCCAAACCUACGUAUCCUCUUCGCAUCGCCAUCACUACGUAUUCCCGGCAUGCUACAAAGCCCGCUCCUGUCGCGCAUCGGAGGUUCUGACCGCGUUCGGGACACCCUCUCUCAUGCUUUUGCCGAUAGCCACGGCAUAACUGCCAAGAUCCGCUGGCUAUCACGGUCAGACAUGCAAGCCCAAAGCCACCACUCGCGCGUCAUGAACCAUGAGAGCCAUAGCGAGGGCGGUGGUCAACCUCCACCAGCGUCUCGAGGCCGUAGCCGCUAG